CAAGGUCCUGGGGGAAUGACAAGAACCAAGCAGCUCUUGUCCAGCAACAGUGUUUGGGAACCAUAAGAAAAGAUCCAAUUUUAUCUUAGUUCUCAUGAAAAGUGUCACAGGAUGUUUAAUGUCCUUUCUGAGGAAAGACCUGCUGUUUUCCAGAUCUUGCCUGAAAACACAUGCAGUAUUCAGCAAGCCACUUAGUUUAUCUGUCUUGGAAAAACAGAAGGCUGCUGGAAUUUGAAACUUGUUCCAAGAGUCUAGGGUCCAAAUCUCUGUGAGUCCUUCCCCUGGUCUGGGGUUUUGAACUGUUUGAAAAUUUAAAGACUAGCAAGCAAUGGCAGCAGGACUCCUAAUGGUGUAUGGGUGUGCAGGGCUGGUGUAUGUGAUAGCAGGCCAUCCCUAUGCUGAAGUUUUGGUGUUAUUUCCACUCUCGAGUGUUGCCUGACUUUGCAACAGGUUAAAAAUACCUUAUGAAAUGCCUGAGAGCACUGAUCCACAAAUCUCAGAACAGACUUUGCCUCUAUGGGGGGGGGGGGGGGGGGAAGCCCUCUUAAUGCGGUGAAAGCACCCGUGGCACUGGUGAGACGCGCUUUUCGAUUUUCUUGUCGGUGAAGGUACCACGAAGGAGGGACUCCGAUAGCAGCUUGACGGAGCCGGGCGAGGGGAAGAGCCCUGCCGAGCCCACCGGGGAGGGGAACCGGUCGAUCAGAUGGCCAGUGACCCAUGUGCCGAGCAGCCCCGGCCCACACCUGGCAUGCUGGCUGGAGUCAGCCCCUGCCACUGAGGCCAGGAAGAGGGAGGAAUCACCAUGGCCUCAUCCCAGCGGGCCCGGCACAUUGGCCCUCCUGAUGGAGGCUGGGGAUGGAUGAUCGUUGCUGGCUGCUUCCUUGUCACUAUCUGUACCAGGGCCGUGACAAGGUGCAUCUCCAUAUUUUUUGUGGAGUUCCAGGCAUACUUUGGGCAGGAUUAUGCCAGAACUGCUUGGAUCCACUCCAUUGUCGACUGUGCUACAAUGCUCUGUGCCCCGCUUGGGAGUUUAAUCAGUAAUCAUGUAUCCUGCCAAGUUGGUAUCAUGCUAGGAGGGCUGCUUGCAUCUUCUGGACUAAUUUUGAGCUCAUUCGCCACCAGUCUGGAACAUCUCUACUUAUCAUUAGGAGUCCUUACAGGACUUGGGUUUGCACUUUGUUAUUCUCCAGCCAUUGCGAUGGUGGGCAAAUACUUCAACAAAAAAAAAGCGUUGGCGUAUGGAAUAGCCAUGUCAGGAAGUGGAAUUGGUACCUUCAUCCUGGCCCCCGUAGUCCAGCUCUUAAUUGAGCAGUUUUCCUGGCGAGGAGCUUUACUCAUCCUGGGAGGUUUUGUUUUAAACCUCUGUGUCUGUGGCGCCUUGAUGCGGCCCAUUUCUCUUAAGGAGGAUCGUAAAACUGUUCCUGAGUUUCUUGAACAGGAUCGUGUCCCCGAAACAGAGAAACAAGACUUAAAGCAAAUGUCCGUCUGUUCACCUUUAAUCAAAGUGUGGUCUCGUGACUGUUUAUGCUACUGUUCACAGAAAGAAUAUGACUUUUUACUGAUGCCAGGCUUCAUGGUGCUGGCAGUGUCAGUUUUAUUUAUGGCAUAUGGAUGUAGCCCUCUUUUUGUCUACCUAGUGCCUUAUGCUUUGAGUGUUGGAGUGAGUCAUCACCAGGCUGCCUUCCUCAUGUCCAUACUUGGUGUCAUAGACAUCAUUGGUAAUAUCACCUUUGGAUGGCUAACAGACAGAAGGUGUCUGAAGAAGCAUCGGUACUUUUGCUACCUCUUUGCUGUGGGAAUGGAUGGCCUUUGUUGUCUUUUCCUGCCAGUUCUCCAAAACUUCCCCUUGCUUGUGCCUUUCUCAUUUACCUUUGGCUACUUUGAUGGAGCCUAUGUAACGCUGAUCCCUGUCAUGACAGCAGAUGUAGUGGGAACUUCCUCAUUAUCAUCAGCACUGGGCGUUGUGUAUUUCCUGCAUGCCAUACCGUAUCUAGUGAGCCCGCCUGUGGCAGGUUGGCUGGUGGACACAACUGGCAGCUAUACUGCAUCAUUCCUCCUGUGUGGAUUUUCUAUGAUAUUUAGUUCAACACUACUGUGCUUUGCAAGACUAGCAAAGAAAAUCAAAAGAACACAUUUGCGGUCACUCACUAGUGAUACAGGCAUGAAACAGCACAUGUGGACAAACGGAGCAAUAGCUUAUUCUGUCACAGCAGAAUUAGACCAAAAGGAUGUUGAAUUUUUGUCCGUGGACACAAACAGCUGCAGCAAGAGGUGACAAGUGCCAUUGAGAUUCAGUACGACACAGCCGUGACUGAGACAGAGGUGGCUCCGUAGUGUUACGCUGCUGAAGAUACUACUCCUGUGAACCGAGGCAUCUUUCAAUUAGAUUUUUCUGUCAUGCUUUAGUUGACUGAAAUCUACAUACAGCAACAGUAAUACCAAGUUAAUGCAGUAAUAGAAGAAAGCUAGAAUGAAAAUAGAGUUUGUAGAUACAAAUGUUCACAGAUUUAUUUGAAAUGCAAUGUCCACUCCACAGGUAAUCAACAAUUGGCUGUACUCAACAGAAAACGAUAAAGUAAUCAGUUACCAAAACUGAACAAUAACAUUUACAUUAUUUAAAAAAUAUUAUUAAUGACCCAAGCUUUUUGAUGGUGUGGUCUAGUAUGUUUCAAUGGACUAAUAACACACACCACCAAAAAACCUCCACAUGUGAUUUAUGCUGAAAGUAUCUCUGGGGCAGCUUUAAUUUUUACAAUGUGCCUGAACUUUGUACAUACAUUCCAAUUUAAUUUCAAAUAUAAUUUUAGACCUACUUUCCCAAGCCCUCUACAGCAAAAAAAAAAAAAAAAAAUUUUUCCUCCUGGAUGUCUUUAAAGCUUGAAUUUCUAAAAAUUGAAAUUCCAGAUAUGAUUUUUCAGCUGAUCCUUGUCUUGAAGGGUGGAAGAGGUACUGUGGAAGCUCUGCUAUAUGAAAAGGAGUAAAUUUGUGCCAGAGGACUAGGUAUGCUGAUAGACAAACCUGCUUUAGCUGCAUUAGUUGGAAGAAUCCUAAAGGCAGCCCAGGAGACCAGAGGAGAGGCUCAUGUGUUUUCAAAUACAGAGGCUCUUGCUCUUGUAAAAUCAGCAGCUGUUGGAGAACUUUAGAGUCCAUGCAACCAGAUGACUGAGCGACUGCUCCCUGUCUAGGCUAUGAGUAAAGAGGAUUGUGCUGUGUAUUGCAGUGGCAAGUCUUUCUCCUUUUGGCCCCAGGAGCUGUAUCUUCAGGUGGUGCAAUUUAGUCGUUUGUGCCAUCUGAAGAGAUGUCAGGUCACUUGUCCUUGAUGGCCAGAACACAACAGCUGCAACUUGGUGGUGGUUUCCUGCUACUUGUGUGAGGAAUUCACUACAGCUGGCUGCUUCACAGGAGCUAGGGACUGAAUGUAGAUCAUAGGUUAAAUUACUGAUCUAAUAAAUAAUGGCAUGUUUCUACAUUUUCAGAAUGAAAAUGUUGUCAAUAAUGGAGGAACUUCACAUUCUGCAAUACAAAUAAUUUCAGUAUUUUGAUGCUGCAUAAAGCUGUGUUCUGUUCAUUAGCAAAUUGAUCAGAGUCCAAAUAAUUUUCAUUAACACAGACCUAGCAGUUUUGUUAAUCAUCUGCAGUGUAUUCCGUGGCUGCUCAUGGUGUCCUUUUCCACCCUGUGCCUCAGAAGGGAAAGCAACAUAGAUUGAUGUUCACGAAGCUGAUUUAGAUCAAGAGUACAGCCAUAGGGGUAUAAUGUAUUUUUAAAUAUAUAUAUAUAUGAAUAGGAUGUGUAUCAAGUAGUUUUAUUAUUCAAGCAUAUUUCAAAUAUAAAAUAUUAAAAUUGUUUGACUUCAGUUGUCUGUGAUUAAAUAAAGCAUUUCUCGCUGCCCUGCUUCAGAAGUGUAGUCAGAGCCAGUAGGAUGAUAUAUGUGCACAGACCACAGAAUAAGAGAUGGGAGUGCAAAAACUGCUUGAAGGUAAUGACAUAACCUUUCUUCAGCUCUGCAUGAAAAUUGUGUCCUGGUCCCUGAUAUUGUUUUUAACAUAUAUUCAUUAAAAAAAGACACAAAUCCUCCAUGAAUGUUUCUUAGUGAGUUAGGAAAAAUAAGCAAAUCUGGAAAAAAUGAAGUGGUUUUAUUAAUUAAUACUGAUGAAGAUGUUUUAGAUCUUAAUGCAAUAUUUUAGUAGUAAAGGAGUGGGGCAUAGUAUGGUCUACAAAGAAUAUAAGUAAUUUUAAACAAGUUAUAACCACUGUUAUUUACUUUACAAAAAUUUAAUUACUUUGUUUACCACAUCAUAACAUGUCACUAGUUGUUCAUGUCAGAGCUGCAUAUUGUAAAAGCCUAUUGGAAUAUGGUGACAUGCAUUUUUAUCAUGUAAACUAUACUGUGUAAUACAUUCGUAGCAUUUUUAAUUUUUUUUAUUUCAAGAUAAUUUUUCAUAGGCUUUUCCCUAUAUGUGUUUAAAGUAGUACUUCUUGUUUUAAAUAUCUUAUUUAGCAACAAACAUUCAACUGGUUUUAUACACAGACCUUUUGUAGAAAAUGGUAGAAUUCUUUCAAGGUUUUCUAACACUUUUUCUGCUCUGACUUAAGUCAAUGGGGAAAAGCUUAUAUACCAAAAUGAUGCUUUCUGUGCAUAAAAGACACUGUGAAAUACCAGCCCUGUCAUGAAUGUCCCCACUAAGAAACAGAAGGAAGCGUAACAACCUGCAAGCAGAAGUAAUGGGAAUACAAUUCAGGCUGGUGAAACCUUACACCAGACUUCUACCUCCUAAUCCACACAACCCAAGAUGAACAGUUCAUCUUUAUCCUGCCAUGUGAUAUAUUUCAGGCAACGCAUUGUAGAAGUCUCUGGCUUACAAUAUUUUUAAAGAAUGAUUCAUUGUAUCUGUAAUAUUUUUUCAGACAGGAUAAUAAUAAUAUUUUUCAGACAGGCUGUCCUUCAAGGAGGAGAUUUCCUGGCAUGGCACAGUGCAGCAGUAAAGUGAGAUAGCUGGGCUAGCUGUGAGCAAUUUGCCAGGCUUACACUGCAUGUUCAAUGAUCUUAGUGGUCUUUUCCAACCUUAAUGAUCAUGUAAUUCUAUGUUCCUGCCAGCCCUGAUGGAUACAGGUAUCGAUGGAUAUGAGCUUGGAUGGAGCACUGCACUGCUGAGCCUGUCUGGCUUCCCAGGGUAGCGUGGUUUGACUUGACUGGGGUAAGAUCUGUCCGAGACAGGAACAGAAAGACUCUACCUCAGAAGAAUCCUGCCUGGAAUAAUGCUCUGUUCUGUGCAGUAGAUGGAAAUUCAGUGUAAGUACUGCUUACAGCUGCUGAAGUUAUGCCAUCUGUUUCCAUUCCAUGAAGUUUGAAUUGGGGUAGUAAUAAUUCUUUUGAAAUUAUUUAUGUUCUAGAAUUUAUGAAAUUAUUUAUGAAAUUAUUUAUGUUCUAGUGAUAAUCUGGGACAUUUAAUAAAUUGUACAUUGAAAAAUUGUGUGAAGACAACAUUGGAAAAGUACCUUCCACUGAAGAAUUGCUCUUUUUUUCAGAAGAAACAUCCUUAAAGCAUUCCUUUCAGCUUGGAUAAUAAUUUAUCUUCUGAAAAACAAAGGCUAUUUGUGCUACUGUAUGGGGAAUAUAUUUUAUAUUGCCACAAUAAUUCCUUGUUUGCUUUCUAAAGUGUUACAAAUUUAUGUGAGAAGAAAGAGCUUGUUUAAGUUAAGUUGUUACAGUCCUUCAUGGUCAGCGUAGCAAAGUCCUAGUUGGGAUUGCCUCAAUAAACAAUGCCUUCUUCUAAGUGAC